GAGCUGACUCCUAGCGUCCGGUCCCAGCAGCUGCCAGCAGUCUUCCUCCUUCCAGGCAGAUCAUGAGCCAUCGGCUCCUCUGAGGCCUGCUGUGGGACAGCAGCGCUCUCACCGGGACGAGCACACCGGUCACCAUGGGGCAGUGUCGGUCAGCCAAUGCUGAGGAUGCCCAGGAAUUCAGUGACGUGGAGAGGGCCAUUGAGACCCUCAUCAAGAACUUCCACCAGUACUCUGUGGAGGGUGGCAAGGAGACGCUGACCCCCUCCGAGCUACGGGACCUGGUCAGCCAGCAGCUGCCCCACCUCAUGCCGAGCAAUUGCGGCCUCGAAGAGAAAAUCGCCAACUUGGGCAGCUGUAACGACUCUAAACUGGAGUUUGGGAGUUUCUGGGAGUUGAUUGGAGAAGCAGCCAGGAGCGUGAAGCUGGAGAGCCCUGUCCGGGGGAGUUGAAAACCUUCUUCUGGAAUUCUUGGGGGGAUGUUGGGGAAAGGGGACCUUAGAGACCGUGGGCCUAGAAACGCCUCUCCACCACCACCACCACCACACUAUUCCCCAGUCUGCACCUGCCUCGCCUCUGCAAGGUUCAAGUCCUUAGUGAGCCUUCCCAGGGGUCUCUGGGUACUUCAUCCUUGGGAGCUCCGUGGAACUCCAUGAGUCCCCACCAGAGGGAGGCUCAGGGGAUGGGUUGGGCCCAGGGAUGGAUGUGGCAAGAUGCUGGAGGGGUAAGGAUGGGCUAAGGGCCAAGUAAUUUGGUUGCGGGGAAGGUCAAAGAGGAACUGGGCUGCUGGAUAUGAUUUGAAGAAGAGGGCGGGGAAUGGGGCUGGAUAUUUGGUACUGAAAAGAGUCUCUGAGAACCUAGCCUUCCUUAUCUCUUCCCCAACCCAAAUGCUAACUUCUGCCCAGUGCUACGCCUUCCUUCUUCCAGCUCUGCCCCAGCCUCUUUCCAGGACUCUGUCCCUGGGCUAGGGCAGGGGAAGAGAGAGAGCAGGCUGGAGAGGGGAGGCUGAGGAGGGGGUGACUUUGGGAGAGGACCAGCUCGGUGCUUGGGCAUUUAAAGAAUGAUGGUUGUUUUGUAACAUGUGAUUAAUAAAACAAACGGAAAAA